AUGUCGCCUGUCAAAGUCAACGACACCGGUUUCACGGAAAUAUACCGGCCUAAGGAUAAAGAUCCAACCGUUGACUUUGUUCUUGUUCAUGGCCUUCAAGGCCAUCCAUAUCGCACCUGGGCCACUGAAGGCCCUGUGCCGGAGCCAGACUCAAAGGUUCCAGGGAAGACUCGAAAGAGGCACCUCUCUCGUUUCAUCCCUCAAUCGUUACGACCAAAAUCCAAGAGAACAUCUAUGCCCACUCACAGUUCGGAAGAAGGGCAAGGCGACUCCACUGAGUCCCAAUUCUUUUGGCCUGAACAGCUCCUUCCUGCACAAUGUCCAGAGGCGAGGAUAUUGGUUUGGGGAUACGACACAAGGAUUGUACGUUAUGGCAAGGCAGUGAACAAAAAUCAUCUCUAUUCCUAUGGUAAGGACUUUCUGUACGACCUCUGUCGUCAUCGAACCACCCUUAGCCGACCGAUCAUCUUUCUUGCUCAUUCUCUCGGCGGUAUUAUUGUUAAAGAGGCGCUUGCAAUAUCAAGCGAGUCUCAGGAUGACCCAAGUACGCUGAAUGUCGUGGAGUCCACUGCUGCAGUUGUCUUCAUGGGCACUCCCCACCGGGGAAGCGAGGACUGGGCUGCUACCGGGGAGAAGGGCCGGAAGAUCGCGAGUGCUCUACUCAUGGACAGCACUUCUUCAGUCUUAGAUUCUCUGGGCUUGGAAAAUGCCGACCUUGAGCGGUGCCACGACAAGUUCACGCGGUUGUGGGAGAAAUACAAGUUCAGGGUCAAGACCUUUCAGGAAGGGCGUCCUCUCUAUGGUGUCAAAAUUGGCCCUCUAAAUAAAAAGGUUGUCCCAAAUCCGUCAUCCCUCAUUGGCAACCUCAAAGAGCGAGCCGAGACACUUGACGCAGAUCAUAGAGAGAUGUGCAGAUUUAAAGGCCUUGACGAUAAUAACUAUCAAAAAGUUGGGCCUGAGCUCAAAAUUAUCUACGAUGCUGUCCAGCCCAAGCCGGAUUCGCAGCAUAAUUGGGAUCCACCAGACUUACAGGCUUCGCUCAGCUUUUCUGAGAUGGAGUUGUGGCAGCAAACUAUUGAUAAGCCGGUUGACGGAACUUGCCAGUGGAUAGUUCAAUCAUCAGAAUUUCAAUCCUGGCUUCAAGGCCAAGACGGUCCGGAACAACCUGGACUUCUUUGGAUUAAAGGGAAACCUGGAUCGGGAAAAUCUACUUUGAUGAAGGAAACGUUGAGACUAGUGAAGCAACACCCCAACUUGAACCCUCAGGUUGCGUCAUUCUUCUUCAGCCCUUCAGGGGCUAAUCUACUUGAAAGGACGUCACUUGAACGCACGCCACUUGAACGCAUGCCUCUUGGCCUCUUUCGAUCUUUAAUCUACCAAUUACUUCCAGGUUUUCACGAGCAAUGCCUGGAUCUUACCGAAACAUAUCAGCACAGAAGCCUUCAGCAGCGGGAGGUAAAAUGGGACUUGGUAGAACUACAAGAGGUGUUUCAGAGAAUGUUUAGCAAGGCGCGAUCGAGUCGUACAGUUAUUCUCAUUGACGGAGUGGACGAGUGUGAGGUGACCGCUGCCCGAGAUCUUGUACGGUUCUUCCGCCGAGUAACCGUGGUAGCGCACACAUCUGGCGCUGAGUUGAGAAUUUGUUUUUCAAGUCGCAAUUCAUUUACGGUCACGAAUCCUUUAAACCCAGCUAAACCACUUUGCCGCGAAAUCGUCGUCGAAGACAACAAUAGUCCCGAUAUUACACUAUACACAACGCAGACGCUGAAACUCGGCAACCCAAAUGAAAACUCGAGCGAAAUAGCCGCCUGGACUUCUUUGGAGAAGGCUGUUGUCGAAAAAGCCUCUGGCGUGUUUUUGUGGGUGGUCCUUGUCAUCAAUCUUUUACAGAAUGACUGGGACGACGGCAGAGAUAUUCGCUAUUUAUGGUAUCGACUUACCCAGGUACCCUCACGCUUAGAGCAGUUGUAUGUGAAGUUGAUGGGCACAGUAAAACCAAGUGAGGUGGAAACCCUUGUCCAUACGAUGCAGUGGGUUCUGCUCUCUGCAAGGCCCUUAGAGUUGGCUGAAUGGCAUCAUGUGAUGGCCUUCAUCGCCAAUCCAUCCCUUUCUUCUCUCAAAGAAUGGGAAGGCUCGAAAGAUUACACUCAGAGCGACGAACAGAUUGCGAAAAGGAUAAAGAAAAUUUGUCUUGGCUUGGUCGAGAUUAAAGAUCGACAAUCCCCAGCGCCCAUCGAAGGGCCUAUUUCAGUGCUGUCCUCCCUCCGUGCUGGUGCUGGAUCCUUCGAAAGCGGGAAAUACGUCCAUGUUAUCCACGAGUCCGUUCGAGAAUUUUUCCUAAACGGUCGCGGCUUCGCUUUGCUUGACCCUGCUAUUCAAAAUCCCCGAGGCGAUGGAAAUCUCUACAUACUAGGUACAUGCAUCAGCUAUGGAUUCCUAGAAGAGAUGGACAUUUUCCGAGUGAAAGCUAGA